UAUAUUAUUUAUUUAGUUUAACAAAAUGAAAUCAACAAUGGUCAUUUAUUAUUAUAGUUGUAUACUGUUAAUAUUAAUUAUUUCCACUGUUCAAAAUGAACAAUAUAGUCAAGAUUCGGAAGCUGUUGGAGAAUCUGAUAUUCAUAAUAAUCAUGGUUCGGAUGAAACAGUAACUGAUAAUACUAAUCAUGGUUCGGGUGAUACUGAUAGUCAUGUUGAUCAUGGUUUGAUUGAUAUGGAUGACCCUAAUUAUGGUUCAGGCGAUACUGAUGGCCACAAUCAUAAUAAUCAAGGUUCGGGUGAUAGUGAUGGCCAUAAUACUAAUCAUGAUUCGGAAAACCAUAGUACAACAACUGAACCUGAUGAUAAUACUGCAAUGAAACGUAUUGGUAAAUUUUUUAAAGGAUUAGGUCACGACAUAAAAGAGGGUUUACUGCGUCCAAUGGAUUAUACAAAAAGAGAGUUUAUUCAGGAAUCUAGAGGUAAAAAAUAAUAAUAAUAAAGCAUUCAUCAA